AUGCCAGUCUCGAAUAAUCUAAAGAAGGCUCAAAAGACCCGCAGCGACCUCUAUAAGUUUGCUAAGACCCACAACCUAGAUGUUAAUUGGAAAAUGAAAACCUCCACUAUGGAGAAGGUUGUCAAUACAUUCAAACAAAGCAAAGUAAAAACAAUUGUGAAGACACUCCGUAAGGUUAAGCUAAACAAUGACACAGCUAGUUUAAAAGCUGUCAAUAAAACAACAGGUAAAGUUGAAAUGCAAUUGAAUCGUUUCGAGCGUAUCCGCAAAGACAUUGUAGCUCCAGCCGAUAAGAAACUUUUACUGCAUUUUAAAGGUGAGAAUGGAUCCGUUUUGAAAACAUAUCAUCUACAAGAUAGACUAAUUAAUAUCGAUAAUCUAUAUAUCACUGAAGAGAAUCAAUAUAGUUCCGGGGCUGAUAUUGAAUUAGACAUUAUUCCAACAUCAACAGUUGAAAUCGAAUGGUUGAACAACCCAAAGCACUCUCGAUCUGAGAGAAAGAAUUUCUUUCGUUAUCUAACUAAAGCAAAUUACAAUUUAAAUGAUUUUCAAAGAAACACCUUGCUUUCUAUUUGCUCUAACUCAAGCUGGUGUUGA